AUGGGCUGGCUGCGGGGUGAAUCCGACCAGCGCCCCGCCUCCCCCGCAGAUUCGGAGGAGCCGCUGCUCAACGACACCGACCACGAUCACAGCCGUCGCUCGAGCCAGGACGAAGAGAUACAGAGACCUCACAAAACCACCUCCUUCUCACGGGCUCAGACUGUAACCCUCUCCAUCCUCCUCACGACGAGCAUCACGACGGUCUCUGUCCUCAUCUACCUACUAGCAACCCACAAGCUCCCCCCGCAACCGAACCGACCGACAAACCGCCCGCACCAUCAGAACAAAGCACUCAUCAAAAACGUCGUCGUCCUCGUUCAGGAGAACCUCUCCUUCGACACUCUCGCGGGCGGUCUUACUUAUAACCCUGACAUCAAUAAUAUCGCCAACCUCCCUCUCAAUGAACGCUUCUGCAAUCCCUCGAACAUCACCGAUCCCUCCUCCCCGCUCGUCUGCGCACAGCCCCUCGCAAAGAACAUCGCCGCAGAUGACCCCGACCACAGCAUCGCCGGCGGCAACUUCCAAGUCUAUGGAACAGACCACCCCGACCCCUCGAUCCACAAGCCAACAAUGCAGGGUUUCGUGAGCGAGCAGAUCCGCGCGUACGGGAUAAACGGGGACCUGAACCGGGCCGCGGAGGUGAUAAAUUACUACAAGCCCGAACACAUCCCUGUCUUCGCCACGCUCGCGGAGAAUUACCUCCUCUUUGACCGGUGGUUCGCGGCCGUCCCGGGCCCUACGAAUCCGAACCGCGCGUACCUGACGUCCGGGACCUCGCACGGCCACGGCUGGAAUGACCCGUCCUUCGACCACUCGUCGCUCCCACAGACUUCGGUCUUCCAGCAACUCACAGAGGCAAAUAUUAGCUGGAUCAACUACUCGAAUGCAACGGGGUUCGCACCAGACGCGCUCUUCUACACCUGGACCGCGAACUCCGAACAAGCCCGCAACGCCAUCAAACCAAUCGACCAGUUCUACACCGACGCCGCAGCCGGAACUCUGCCCCAGUUCACCUGGAUAAACCCCGAGUGCUGCAGCUACACCUCCUUCCACCCGCCCUCUCCGACAGAUCUCGGCGAGGGCUUCGUGAAGAGUAUCUACGAGGCGAUCCGGAAUUCCCCGCAGUGGAACGAGACGCUUUUCAUACUUACGUUUGAUGAACAUGGUGGCUUUGCGGACCAUGUCGCACCUCCGGAGAAUGUUCCGCCUGGAGAUGACAUCCCAUACACGGAGGUUGCGAGGGAUGGUCACCCUACGACGUUUCACUUUGAUAGGCUUGGGAUUAGGGUUCCCACGAUUCUGAUCUCGCCGUGGGUUGAGAAGGGGGGCGUUGUGCAUGCUCCUGCUUUAAAGAAGGAGAAGGGGGAGUAUACACAUACGUCCAUACUCAAGUAUGUCUCUGAACUUUGGGGUCUGAAGAUCCUGACCCCGCGAGUUGAGUGGUCGGCGAGCUUCGGAGAUCUCAUUUUGAAGAAGCCAAGGGCCGAUACUCCCGCUCGAUUGCCUGAGCCUGUUAUCUUCUAA